AUGUCGGAAUUCCCUCGACUGCCCACUCGUGGCCAUACUUCAUCACUCUCUUUCUCAUCCCACCAGUCGACGGCUCCUCCCCCUCCUCCUCCUCCGGCCCCGGUACAACAGGGUCAGAAGUACUCCCAUCGGGCGGCCAGUGCUCUAGCAAGAUUCGCCCAGCCUUUUUUCUCCGGGUCGAGACCACCAAGCCCACAGGCUCCAGCUGGUCGUGCAGAUUUGUCCACUGGUCCCCGGUCAAUCAGGUCCAAGUCCUUGCCGGGGGAAUCGCAAACCGUCACGCAUAAGACGGGAAUCCCCAUUGCCGCCCUAGACAUCUCCCCGCAGCGGACUCACGCAGUCAUUGGCGGGAAGGAAAUCUUAAAGACGAUCCGCGUCUCUCCCGACGGUCUUUCCGAGGAAGCCAAUCUUCGCAAUGCCAUCAUCAGUUACUCAUCCACCCAUCACGGUGGCAGUGCCCUCUCCGCACGGCAUAAGGAUCAGCUGACUGUCCGGGAUGUCAAAUGGUCACAUGGCAAGUAUGAUCGGAUUAUCGCCACUGCAGUGGCUAAUGGUCGUAUUGUCGUUUACGAUCUCAACCGGACCGGCUUGGAAUAUUGCCGCUUCCAAGGUCACAGCCGCCAGGUUCACCGACUGGCCUUCAAUCCACACUCUCCGGCAUGGCUGCUGUCGGGAAGCCAGGACUCAACGAUUCGCCUGUGGGACUUGCGUGCCGCGUCCACCGAGCGUGGCGUGCCAAUGUGCGGCAGUAAGGAACAGUAUUUGGGAAAUAGCGAUGCCAUCCGUGAUAUUCAAUGGUCUCCGAAUGAUAAUUCCAUGUUUGCAACCGCGACAGAUAGCGGUGCGAUUCAGCUAUGGGACUACCGAAAGGCGAGUGCUCCUAUCAUGAGGAUCACGGCUCAUGACCGGCCUUGCUUUUCAGUGGAUUGGCACCCGGAUGGCAAGCAUGUUGUCAGCGGUGGCAUGGACAGACAGGUCAAAGUCUGGGACUUUUCCUCAUCCGCCGAACGAAGACAAAAGCCCACAUUUCAUUUCCGCACACCACAAGCUGUCCUCAACGUCCGAUGGCGGCCUCCCUCCUCGGAUAGAGAACCGCCAUUCUCUGGCCAUUGGCAGUCUUGCCAGGUGGUCACGUCUUAUGACAAGGAGGAUCCCCGAAUUCAUCUCUGGGAUCUCCGACGGCCGCAUGUCCCCUUUCGGGAAUUCGAUCGUCACGACUCUAAUGCCACAGAUCUAUUGUGGCACUCCAAAGACCUCUUGUGGACGGUAGGUGACUCUGGCGCCUUCACUCAGACCGACAUCCGCUAUGCCCCGCAUGUGGUGAAUCAGCGCCCAACCUGCGCUGUCGCCUGGAGUCCCAAUGGGGAGGUGUUGGCAUUUUCCCAGAAGCGGAUGAGGCGUAGCAUCAUGGGUCUUAAUGCCAAUGAAUUCGUAGGCCAGCCGGAAGAGGAGCCCAGCAGUGGCGAAGCUGUGAGUCAGAGCCCGACGGAUGAAGUUCUCGACGAGCCUUCGUUCGUUUCCAUCCGGCAUCACCGAUUCAGUAAGUCAAGCAGUAGUCGACCGUCCAAGUCACUAAGCAGUACGCCACCCGGCGCUCCUGAAUUUGGUCCCGUUCUACAACUGGACGAAACCUUGUCCAAGAGCAGCCCGCCUGGGCCACGCCAGCUAGGAGUUGUGGGCAGUGUCCCUGGGGCCACUUCGGAUCCGGCGCUCUUUCGACACCUGGCUCGCCACUAUGCUCCUUUGCUGGAAACUCCGCGAACUGACCUUUUGCGCGUACUGCUGGAGGCAUUAGCCCAAAAUGCAGAAUCCGCCGACGAGGUCUCGUUGCUCAAACUUGCUCAGACCUGGAGGAUUGUCAAACUCGCUGUCAUUCAGGAGCUGGAAGUCAGGGCCAGAGAGCAACGUCAAAAUUCCGAAAAGGGUUCACGCAAUGUCAAGAAAAGACAAUCCAAGGAGGGCCGAGCAGCUGAGCGACCUCCAGGUUUGGACGAUGGGAGAGCCGACAGGUUGAAGAAUCGGUUGUUCCGGGGGGUGAUUGAGACAGAUGCUCCCAAAAACACUCUUGUGGAGCCAGAAAGCACGUCUAACAUCGCCACACCUCUCGCAAGGCCCUUGCCGGACUCGCCAGGUGAUUCCCUGGGCAGCUCUCACUCGCAAAUGACCUCUUUGAACGAUGACGAUAUCGAGCCUUUACCGCCAUCGGUACUAAGCUCUAAUCAAGGAACACUGAACUCGAACGUUUGGUCGUCAAUGUCGGAUGUUGAACCCAAUCCCAUUACGCAAUUUGAACAUCGCCAAUCCGACGCCAGUGAAAUCGUGCCUGCCUCCUUCGAUAGCCUCCCACGGAGGGAAUCGGUGCCCCAAAAUUCAGAAAGCGACCAAAGGUCCGCACCGCGGUCGAUCAAUCGUCGAGCCGACUGGCGAGUUCGAAAUCACCCUGAUUAUAUCAAAGGGGCUUCGGAAGACGACGAGUUCGACCAGAAAAUGGAGACCAAGAGAGCGGCGAUCCGUGACUACAAGCUCUUUCCGAAAAAGGUGCUCUCGCUUGAUUCCCAUAUCACGUCGCCAAAACCUGCAUUCCAGCGACAUGAAUCCUCGGAAAGCUUUCCCAUGUUUUCCGAAUCAACAGGCAGCUCGCACCCUUCAAAAUUGCUGGCAACAUCAUUUUCUUCUGUAGCUAGACUCCACGAUCGCUCCAAGACUGACGAGUAUAGUGCACCUGUUAAUGAAAGCCACCAAGGGGAUGCAGAGAUUGCUGCCGAAUCUGCACCGCAUCAAGUGGAAAUCGACGCUGAUGAUCUGUUUCAAGAGGGAAUUUCUGAUGUGAGCCAUACUCACUUGGAACGGCCUUCUAGUCCUCCCCUGCUUGUAAAAGAGUCUACCCCCUUGGAAGCCCUCAUCCAAGACAGCGCACGGACGACUGGUAGCGAACCGAUCACUCGGACUAUACCUGGCUGUACCGAGGACUUCUCCGAGAUCAGCGUUCCUUUGAGCCCUCAUCUGAGCGGACACAAACCCUGGAGUGCCGAGGUCCUGCUCAAAGAAGCCAUCAGAUAUUAUUAUAGCAGCAGUCAUGUUGACAUACAGUCUGCUGCACAUUUGCUCCAGAAACUACGCACGCUCUUUCAAGAAUGUGAGAAGAUCCUUCCCAGAGAGGAGUGUGAACUCAUAUUCAAGACAUACCACGAACAUCUUAUACGCCAAUCGAUGUACAUAGAAGCCGCCGAGCUUCGACUCCUGUGCGUGCCAUUAUACCCAGCCGUCUACGAAUACACACAGACGGACACCUUCAUAAAUGUGUUCUGUUUCACGUGCAAGCGACCAUACGAGAAUCCAAAACAGGACAAUCGCCAAUGUUACCAAUGCAACAAUCCCCAGGAACCUUGUGCAAUCUGCAUGAGCCUCGACCCACCCUUCGAAUGGACUUCUGGACCAAGUGCAUCCUUUGGAGAUACCAAUCUGGAAGACUCUGAAGCCACGUCGCAUUUGCUGUCUUCCUCUCACUCCUCACUGAAGACCGAACAGAUUCCCUCAUCCGAGCUGCAGUAUCUAGACGAGGUCGCGCUCGAUCAGUAUACUUCCCCACAGCCCAAGGGCUCUACGCUCUGGACAUGGUGCCAAGGUUGCGGCCAUGGAGGUCAUGUGGCAUGUAUCACUACAUGGUUGAGUGACGUCUCUAUCAGCGAAGGGGGUUGCGCCACCCCGGGCUGCAUGCAUGACUGUGGGCCAGGACCACGCCGCGAGCAUAAUCGUAGUGUUUUACAGGAAGAGUCUAAGAAACGGGACUCUACCAGUCGGAAACCUGGGGCCGGAUUCGUCAAGCGCGACCCGUGGACCAAGGGCGAGAGCAAAGCUGUCGAAAAGGUCCGCGGUAUGCUGGGGGUUGCUGCAUCUGGGGGAAGCAAUGCCCCAACGGCUACUAUGGGCGCCGGCGGAGCGCCCUCGUCCGGCAUGAUGUCGCCCAAGAAAGUGAGGCUGGUGACGCCGAGUGAACAGGGCAAACAAAGAAGUGGUUCAACACGGGCAAGUCGUGGUAGCGGACUCAGCGGCUGA